UCUGUGGUCACGUUGUGCAUUCGAAGUGGUGUAGUGUCAUCGUGUAUGCUAGCAGUAGUGAUGUGGAACUUUGCAAUAGUGAAAAUAUGACGGAAAUCAGAUCAUUUAUGAAUCUUUUAUUUUCUCUGGUGCUGAUAAUCCUCUGUAUCAUAUCGCAAUGCUUAGCCGCUCUAUCUGACAAGCAAUUAUGUUACAAUCCAGAUUGUUCGGAACCCAUCUCAUUAGCCAAGACAGCAAUUGUUUAUAUAUCAAACGAUCGUGAAGUAAUGUCAUUUAAUGCUGGUACAGAAGUCAAGGUUUUCAGUAAAGGUGCUGGAAAGAGAACAGAUUUAUGGGGUGUUGAGAUAAAUGGCAAACGUGGAUUUGCACCCAGGUCAUUACUAGUUGAAUAUAAAGUCUUGCAACGUAAAUUGCAGUAUGAAGUGCCUGUUUAUAAGUUUACUGGUGAAGUUAAUGAAGUUCAGCCCACGGAACUUGAGUCAAGAACAGAAGAAAAACAUAAGACACAUCCUCUAUUGAAAAAUAAGUUGCUCCACGAUAUUGAGGCAACAUCAAAAUCAGUAAAAUCCAUAGAUGAAAGUAUUGUGCAGGAAUCUCAAGUGAUCAAUGUAGAUAACAUAAUAUCUUAUGAAGUGAUAGAUGGUACUACACUUUAUUCUGACAAUGAACCAUCUAUACAGCCGAACUUUGUAUCUAAAGUUGUGCAAGCCACUGCUUUGCCAAAUGAACAAGCCUCAAUUGAUUUUAUUGAUUCUAAAAUAAAUCCUGAUCAUAAAGAACCAUUAUCUGACAAAAGUACAUUUAUUAAAAAAGAAUUACAAACAGAUGCAAAUGAUGCAAAUGGUAAACUUGACAAAACUAAAUUAUCUCUAGAUGUUCAUAAAGAAACAAGCACUGAGAUAUUGUUAGAAAAUUCAGCGGGAUUGAUCAGUUUAACUUUAGAUACAGUCAGCAAAGAUGACACUCUAAUAUAUGAUGAAGGCAAUAAAUCUGAAGAUGAGUUAUCUACAAAUUUGGAACACAAAGAAAAAUCAGAUAAUAAAAUUAAGACAGAUAAUAAUGCUGAAGAAAGCAUAGAAGAUAAUAAGAAAGAAGAAAUAAUGGAAAGCGUUGAAAGCAAAGAUAUAUUUGCCUCUUUUACAGAAACAUUCAAAAUGUUUUCUAGUUCACAAGACACUACAGAAAGCACCACUAUUCAAAAUGAUGAUAUACCUGUUUCCAAAGCUGAGAAUAAUUUUCAAUUAAAACAGGUUUCAGAAGAUAUUGAAGCUAAAGAUAUUGCAUCUGAGAAACAUAUUCCAACUAUUCAGACAGAAUUGGACUCAAGUAUAGAUUCAAGUCUUAUAAGUAAAGAAAAGAUAGAAAUACAGCAAGAAAUUAUACAUGAGAAUAUUGAGAGUGCAAACGUUUUGGAUGAAAAGACAAAGAUAGAAAAAGAAGCAUCCAUUAUUCUUUUGGAAAAUGCUACAUCUUCUAGUGACGUGCCUUUAUCCAAUAAUUUUGUACAUAAAGAUACUGCUAAACCUGCCAAAAAGUUGCCAACAACAUCUUCAAUUGAAGUGGAUGAUAGUACUACUUCCUCAAAAACUGACAUUAAUAACAUUAAAAAUAUUCAAAUAGGGGAAACAAGUAAAGAAGAAAAAAUUAUAGAAAAUAUUGAAGACAUAGAUGGUUCUUUUGUAAAAGAUUCAAUAAUCUCUGGUUUGAAAGAAACUACAGUCAUAAAAAGCGCUUCUACUCAAAGUAACAGUGAGGUUGAACAGAAAUUGUCAGAAAAUGAUAAAACACAUCCAGAAGAAGAUGUUAGUCACACGAAAACAUUUGACCAAGUUACAAUUAAUAAUAAAAUUUCAGAAACUACUAACUUAUCACCUGAAACAGCUAUUAAAGAAAAUACAAAAGAAUUAUUCUCUGAAAGUCACACUGUUGAAAAAAAUGUAAUGAUAGACGAGUCAUUAAAUCAUAGUGCUACAGAUAUUUCAUUUAUUGAGAAAUUUGUAUAUAGCAAUGUAAAUAAAAAUGAUAACUCAGUUGAUAGUUUGGAUAAUGUUCCUAUAGAACCUAACCAAUUUUCUAAUGAUGUAACACCUGGAAUUCUUGAUUCAGAUCAAUCCCUGGAUUCUAGUCAAAAAGAAAUCUCAAAUCAAAUAACAAAUUUCAAUGAAAUUCUGCAGAACCAAAAUUUAUCAGAUGUUGAGGAAGAUUUGGAACAUGAAAAAGAUCAGUUUGUCAGUCCUGUAAAAGAAAAAGAAACCUUGCUUGAAUAUGAUGAUUACAUAAACAGUGAAGACAAGGUUUUGUACAAAGAUGAAUAUACUAAAGAGGAUAAUAACUUGAAAAAACCAGAAUCAAAAUCAAUAUCAGAUGAAAUAGAAGAUAAAGUUCCCUCAUUUGAUGAAUACACAAACGAGGUAACAACUGAAUUUCUGGAGCAAAAAGAAGAAUCAGAAAAUGAAGAAGAUAAUUUAAUUGAUUUAAUGAAAUUGGAUAAUAAUUAUUGGAAAACACUGAUGUUUCUAUGUGUAACAUCUGUUACAGUACUUGUAUUUACUCUUGGAUAUUAUUAUAUUGAGAAUAUAAGAAGAGAUAAACAACUUAUAGCAAGAAUUAAUACACUGGAGAAAGAGCAAUUGGACUUAACUUUGUACAUAGAAUCUAUUCAAGAGGCACUUUCCACGCAGAAUGAAUCAACAGAACAUAACUCCAACAGAUUUUACGAAGCCAAGCAUAGAGCUGAUAAAGCAGAGGAAGAAAAGACAAAAUUGGAAGAACAGGUAACUGUAUUGGAAAAGGAUUUAGAAAAUGCAACAGAGGCUGGAUUAGAACUUGAACGUAUGUUAAGAGAAGUUCUAUCAUCAAAUAAUGAAAUUAAUCCACUAGCUCAAUCAGUGGAAGAUCUAAAAGCAAGAUUAGAUGCUCAACAAACCGCAAACGAAUCUUUAACGAAUGCAUUAAAUCUUAAAGCUCAAGAGAUUGAGACUUUAUCAGCAGAUCUUGUUACUACUAAGAAGAAAUAUGAGGAACUUGAAAUAGAAUUUUCACGAGUUCAAGACGAACUGGCGAUUCUAAGAAAUCUUAAGAAUAAUAUAGAAGAAACACUAACAGAUAAAGUACAUAAUCUAGAAGAACAAUUAGAUGAACUGGUUAUGGAAAAAUCAUUAUUAUAUAAAGAAUUGAAAGGCAAAGAAAUAGAAAUUAAAGAACUGAUGGAAAUUGUCAAUCAAGUUAAAUCAAAUAAUUUGGACUUGGAAAAAUUGUACGAUGUAUCUCACAUUAAAGUUGAUGCACAGCAACUACGUGAAGAAAGAGAUGAAUUAAAAAUGCGAUUAAGUGAUGUUGAAGGCGCUCAUCAAUUAUUAGAAGAACAUAUGAAACUUGUUAAGGAAGAGAUAACUGCAUUAAGUGAUCAGUGUAAAAUAGCUGAAAAAGAGAAGAAAGAUGCAGAAACGCGACUUGAAGUAUUGUCAAAGUUUUUCAAAGAAAAAGAAGCUGAACGCCAAAAGGAAGAAACUAUGUGGCUACAGAAACAAGGAGAGGUUGUAUCGACAGUCGAAAGGAUACAUACAAUGCAAAGUGAAAUACAAAAUUAUAAGCAACAAAUAGAGAUCUUAAAACGAGAGAUCAUGGAUCAGGAAAGAGAAUAUAAAAAUCAAAUAUCUGCUCUGGAAACGAAAGCACAUGAACAAUGGGUUGCUGCCCGUCAAAAUGAGCGUCGUUUGGAAGAAUCGAAAGCCGCGGCUGGUCAAUUACGUAAUCGUCUUACUCUUGUAGAGAAAAAUCUAAACCUAAACGAUACUGAUUCCGAAAUAAAGCUACAUCGCUUGGAAGCAAAUGGAGAAACAGUGACUUCGCCGCCAUUGUUCAUGGGAGCAGAGUCAUCCAGUUCUCCAGUAAUGUUUAGUGGUUCCUCAGGUGUUCCUCCGCCUCCACCGCCAUCCUAUCUACAUUGUUUCCCGCCGUAUUUGCCACCCUUACCGCCCACUACUUCUGGUCUACCUCCAUAUGAUAUCAGCCAGCGUCCUCCACCUCUCGGCGGCAGAUUAUCGUCACCUCCGCCGAUGCCACCGCCGUUACAUCCUCAACUCACUUCCGGUGGCAGGUAUGAGAACACUAGUUCUCCACCGCCACCGAUGACUCCACCGCAUUUACUUCCAUCGUUUAAUCAUCAUAGAUCGCCACUAUCUCUUCCAUUCGGUGAUGAUCGCAUCCCACCUCUCCCUCCACCUGGCUUUCCUCCACCUCUCGGAACGACGCAUCCUUGGGGGGAAGAAUCACUGCCGGUUCCACGCAAUUCUGGUUUCCAUCCUCAUCAACGAGAGCAACGUGCGCGCAAUCAUAAAGGUUCCUUACAUUCGUCAGGAGAAUCAUUAGAUCAGAAAGCACAUCAUGGAAAAAUCUAAGUUUUGUAUCUUGUUAUUCUCAAUACACUUGUACAAAGGCCAAAUCACUGUAUCAGUGACAGUCUUAUUGUGUAACAAUUUCAAAUAAAUAUGUAACAAUAAUAUAAUUUUCCGUAACAUUAACAAGACAAACAUGUCAAUAUCAUAAAGUUAUUCAUUAAAUAAUAUUAUCUAUCAAUGGUAUUGUUAUGUUUGCGAUUAUUAUAUGAUAAAUUGUUCUAUAAUGUUUUGCUAAACAUAUAACUUUUUUAUCAUCAAUUAUUUGGA